ACUCCUACUUUUCCUUUUUCCUCGAUUUCACCUUCUCUCUCUCUCUCUCUCUCUCUUUCUCUCUCUCCGUCCCCAUUUCAUCGAUCUCUCCAAAACCCUAAUACCUACCAGUCCCCCAAGACCCUAAUCCCCUUCGCUCCCCAUGGAUUCCGACCCCAACCAUCGUCCUCUCGACGCCGCCGCCGCCGCCGCGGAGGAUCCAAACCCUAGCCGCUCUUCCGCUCCCGAGCCGAACACCCUCGAAUCCGACGUCGUGGAGCUGUUGGAUUCGCUGACCCUGGACCGAUCCGGCAAUGCGCGCCCCGUAAAACGCCCCACGAGCAACGGAUCUAUGCCCCCGGAUUUCUACAGCUGCGACGAGAUCGAAAUCGAGGAGGAGGAGGAGGAGGAGGAGGAGGGGAAUCCGAGGGAGGAUGGGGCGCGGGGUUCUUCGCAGCGUGGCGGCGGCGGCGCUUCGGAGCAGGAGGAAGAGGGGCCUCCUAGCCCUAGUAGUAGUGGGUAUGCUGGGGAGCGUGGGAGCAGCGUUGGAUCGAGUGGGAUCGAGGAGGUUGAUGAUGGCCGAUCGUCGGUUGACCAUUGGGGUCGCGGAAAACAGCAUCUUGAUGAGGAUGAUGCUUCGGCUACUUGGAGAAAACGAAAAAAACAUUUCUUCAUCUUGAGCCACUCAGGGAAACCAAUAUACUCUAGGUAUGGAGAUGAACACAAGCUAGCAGGAUUUUCAGCAACUUUACAAGCUAUUAUUUCAUUUGUUGAGAACAGCGGGGAUCGUAUCAAAUUUGUAAGAGCAGGGAAGCAUCAGAUAGUUUUCCUUGUGAAGGGUCCAAUAUAUCUGGUAUGCAUAAGCUGUACCGAAGAGCCAUAUGAAGCAUUAAGAGGACAAGUAGAACUCAUCUAUGGUCAGAUGUUACUUAUCUUGACAAAGUCUGUUCAUAGGUGCUUUGAGAAGAACCCAAAAUUUGAUAUGACUCCUUUGCUAGGAGGAACCGAUACCGUCUUCUCCUCUCUUAUACAUGCCUUCAGUUGGAAUCCUGCCACAUUUCUUCAUGCAUACACAUGCCUUCCUCUUCCAUAUGCAACUAGACAAGCAGCAGGUGCCAUUCUACAAGAUAUUGCGGAUUCAGGGGUUCUUUUUGCGAUAUUAAUGUGUAAGCACAAGGUUAUUAGUCUUGUGGGAGCACAAAAGGCAUCUCUUCAUCCUGAUGAUAUUCUUCUUCUUGCCAAUUUUAUAUUGUCUUCUGAAUCAUUUAGGACUUCUGAAUCUUUCUCACCGAUAUGCUUACCAAGAUAUAACCCAAUGGCAUUUCUUCAUGCCUAUGUUCAUUUUCUUGAUGCGGAUACAUACUUGAUAUUGCUUUCUACCAGAUCAGAUGCCUUCUACCAUCUCAAAGACUGUAGGGUUCGCAUCCAGGACGUGCUUUUAAAGUCGAAUGUUCUCUGUGAAGUUCAGAGAUCUAUGCUCGAUAGUGGUUUACACGUUGAAGAUCUUCCUCUUGAUUCUUCUCUUCGAUCUGGGUCAAUGCCAGACAGAACAAAGUCUGAAUCCUUAUCUCCUUCUGUGGGCCUUGGUGGGGCCGCAGGGCUUUGGCAUUUCAUAUAUAAAAGUAUCUACCUUGACCAAUACGUGGCAUCAGAAUUUUCCUCCCCCAUAAGCAAUUCUAGUCAGCAGAAAAAGUUGUACAGAGCUUAUCAAAAGUUAUAUACUUUGAUGCAUGACAGAGGGACUGGUCCACAUAAAACACAAUUCAGAAGAGAUGAAGAUUAUGUUCUUCUAUGCUGGAUUACUCAAGAUUUUGAGCUUUAUGCAGCAUUUGAUCCACUAGCAGAUAAGGCUCUGGCAAUUAAGAUGUGCAAUAGAGUUUGUCAAUGGGUGAGAGAUUUGGAAAACGAGAUAUUCUUGUUCGGCGCAAACUCCUUUUCCUGGUGAUCUUUUGUCAAGUUUAUGUACUCUCAUUGUACUUUAGUUAAUUUAUUUUAUGAAAUUCUACAUUAUUCAUUUGUUCGUGUCGUCACGAACUCUUGCAUCACUGCGAGCCCUAUAAGAUUAUUAUUGUCGCCUUUGUUGACUCGUGUGCAUAACAAAGUGUAACACCAUACAAAAUUUUGGAAAUAAUUGUUACCUUCAUAGUUGGUUUAUGUAUUCCAACGACGCAUAAGAUUAAGAUAAGGUGUAAUCAGAAUCUCUUCUGUAAGCAAAUAAUGGUUGGUUUGUGCUUUGUCAAA